GGGAGGAAGAGAUUGCAGCCUUAUGCUGGAGAUCAGCGCAGAUCAGGCUCCUUCCUCCUCCAUGACAGAGCCACACACCACUGCUGCCUCUCUGCAGACCACCAGUGACAGCAGCCAGCAGCCUUGACAUCUCCAGACCACUCUUGUCUGCAACACCAGGAUCUUGUCAAUUUAGCCUGGAGGAGCCCCCCUAGCCCUGCUCCCCCCUCCCCACCCCCUGCCUCCUCAGUCCUCAGGAGCUGUGGGCAGCUGGAGUUCUUCACUUAGUUUGGACUUGGAUCAUCUGGACUUGCAGCAUUCCUCUUCUUCUCCACCACCACCACCACCACCACCUUGGUUAUUAUUACUUUGCACCCCCCUCCUUCUCCCCCAACCUUCUUCACUUCUGCACAUCAGACAACAGGAACUUUUAUUUGCAGUUACUGUACAAGCCUGUGGCGAAUGGUGGGAAUUUCAAGCCCCUUCCAGUAUCGUACUGAGAAGCGCUCCACAAUGCCGGACUCACCUGUGGAUGUGAAGACACAAUCCAGGCUGACGCCUCCGACAAUGCCACCUCCCCCGACCACGCAGGGAGCCCCAAGAACAAGCUCAUUUACUCCCACAACAUUAACCAAUGGCACAAGUCAUUCACCAACAGCACUGAAUGGAGCUCCAUCCCCUCCUAAUGGCUUUAGCAAUGGACCUUCAUCCUCUUCCUCAUCCUCGUUGGCAAAUCAGCAAUUGCCUCCAGCGUGUGGUGCUCGGCAGCUCAGUAAACUGAAGAGAUUCCUCACCACGUUACAGCAGUUUGGCAAUGAUAUUUCACCGGAAAUUGGGGAAAGAGUGCGCACCCUUGUGCUUGGAUUAGUGAAUUCUACACUGACAAUUGAAGAAUUUCAUUCCAAACUGCAAGAAGCGACUAACUUUCCACUGCGACCCUUUGUCAUCCCAUUUUUAAAGGCCAAUCUGCCUCUGCUGCAGCGGGAACUUCUGCACUGUGCAAGACUGGCCAAGCAAAACCCAGCCCAGUAUCUAGCUCAGCACGAGCAACUGCUACUGGAUGCCAGCACAACCUCACCGGUCGACUCCUCCGAGUUGCUUCUUGAUGUGAACGAAAACGGGAAGAGGAGAACCCCUGAUAGAACCAAAGAAAAUGGCUUUGACAGAGAGCCUUUGCACUCAGAGCAUCCAAGCAAGCGGCCAUGCACUAUAAGCCCCGGCCAGCGGUACAGUCCAAAUAAUGGCUUAUCCUAUCAACCCAAUGGUCUGCCUCACCCUACCCCACCACCACCUCAGCAUUAUCGUUUGGAUGACAUGGCUAUUGCCCACCACUACAGGGACUCGUACAGACACCCUAACCACAGGGACCUCAGGGACAGAAACAGGCCUAUGGGGUUGCAUGGAGCACGUCAAGAAGAAAUGAUAGACCACAGACUAACAGACAGAGAGUGGGCGGAAGAAUGGAAGCACCUUGAUCAUCUAUUAAACUGUAUAAUGGAUAUGGUGGAAAAAACAAGACGAUCCCUCACUGUGCUACGGCGAUGUCAGGAAGCAGACCGGGAAGAACUAAAUUACUGGAUCAGGCGGUACAGUGAUGCGGAGGAUUUAAAAAAAGGUAGCACUAGCAGCAGCACCAGCCAUUCCAGACAACAGAGCCCUGUGAAUCCUGAUCCUGUCCCCUUAGAAUCACAUCGGGAAUUCCUUCACAGGCCCGCUUCUGGAUACGUGCCAGAGGAAAUUUGGAAGAAAGCUGAAGAAGCGGUGAACGAGGUAAAAAGACAAGCGAUGACAGAGCUGCAGAAAGCAGUGUCGGAGGCAGAAAGAAAAGCACAUGAGAUGAUCACUACGGAAAGAGCGAAAAUGGAAAGAACGGUGGCAGAAGCAAAGAGGCAAGCUGCAGAGGACGCCCUCUCCAUUAUCAACCAGCAAGAAGACUCGAGCGAGAGUUGCUGGAACUGUGGACGGAAGGCGAGUGAAACCUGCAGCGGAUGUAAUACUGCCCGGUAUUGCGGAUCAUUCUGUCAGCACAAAGACUGGGAGAAACAUCACCAUAUCUGUGGACAGACUCUUCAAGCUCAACAGCAAGGAGAUACUCCAGCAGUCAGCUCCUCUGUCACACCCAACAGCGGUGCCGGGAGCCCUAUCGACACUCCACCAGCAGCUACUCCUCGAUCGACCACUCCAGGCACACCGUCCACCAUAGAGACAGCUGCCCGUUAAAAAACAAACAAAAAAAUAGACAAAGUGUUUAAAGACUUUAAAGACUGAAUGAAAAUGAAGUCCUCAUUCUCAGAUGUUCAAAGAUUUUAAUGAAGUAUCAUAUUUCAUUGCUACAAUAACAAUGGACUACUUUUAUCUUGCAGUAGUAGUGUAAUAGUGAAGGCCAGUAACGGGUCAAAAUGACUUCUUAUGGAAAUCAAAGAUAUCUUUUUCUUUAGAAAACUGAAAGAGAGUUACAGAAUAUAACACAAUGCUAGAUUUGACCUCCUCCCUGGUAUAUUACAGUAGCUGGGAUUUAAAACUAGAUGACCUCAUAUUAACAAAUGCUUUACCAAACAGCAAACCAAGAGAUUGCUAACUGCUGUUAAGAGCAAAAAACAAGUGCUCACACGAGAGAUAAAAAUCACAUUGUUCUUUAUAGCAACAAAGGGAAAAAAAUAAGUCAAUAUUAACCCCUCAAGGGCAUAAUCAUUGGAUACAGCAGUAGACAUUUUAACAAGAAGAUGAAUGGCGUCCAUGGGUUACAAACUGAACUUUGAAGGCCCGCUACAAAAAACUCACAGAUGUGCAGCAGAUUGGAAGAAACCACAGAUGUUCAUCAUUUUAAUUUUUUUUUGUUUCUGAAAUAAAUAAAGUACCAUCCAGGUCAACACAAUGGAAAAUGAGUUGCAGUGGGGAUUUAUGAAAUGCCAUCAAGUAAAAGGCUUCUUUCCUUUGAUAUGGAAUGGUCACGUCCAAUAGUUAAGUAGCACGUUGGCAAUCACCACACCAAGCAUUUGCCCAACCCCCCAUCCAAAAAAAAAAAGAAACUUUUCAAUGCUCAAUCUCUUUUGCAAGGUUCCACAGAGACAAUCGGGUCUAUUCUAAUAUUUUUUUUUAUAGAAAGCAACAAAAAGCUAAAAAAAAUAUAUAUAAUAAUGUAUACAUGGUGGCUUCAGCUCCAGCCCACUUUUAAAUAGAAAAAGAAAGAAUUUUCCAUCCCAUACUGUUUCACCUUAAAAGCUAGUAGUUCUCUCGGUGUUCCAAACACUCCUGUCCUGUGAGGUUCCCCAAUGGUGUUUUUCUUGUAAAUGUGAUGGACAAAUGUGAAGAUGCAUCGUAGUUCUAAUCAUGCCCACAUUUAACCUCUUUAUUCUUAGCUGGUGAGAAACCCGUCUCUUUCUAUGCUGCUUUUAUAUCUGUAAAUGUAAGUGAUAAAUCUCUAGUAGUACAAACAGCCCUUUUUUUUGUCUUCAAGAAAGGAAAAAAAAAAAUUAACGCUAUUUACCGGAGCUGCUAAUUCACUCUGUUAUACCUUUUUUUUCUGAAAACUAGCAUGCUUCACGGAAUGCUAACCUAUCGGUGUUUUUGUAGGAGGGAUGUACAUAAAUGUAUUUUUGCACUGUCACAAUGACUCCCUAGGCAUGCAUAUUUUUUUAUUUUGGCAAACUCCUUUUUGAAUAUUCUACGUCCACCUCACCAUUCGAUCAGUAGUAUAGAAUCAUAGUUUACCAUUAUUUAUUUUUAUUUUAUUUUGCCUUUUUAUUUUAUUUUAUUUUUUACAAAUAGGGACUUUAUAAUAAAAUAAAAAACAAAAACAAAAUAUCACGUAAAUGUUAAAGGGCAGUGCAUGUGUAUUGCUGUAAGACUAUGUAUUUCUGACUAGGAGAAUUAGAAUUUCCAAAUGCUGAGGUGUAGAUUGACGGCUUUAACUGCUGAAUGUCAGGUCAUACAGUAUUAAACAUAAAGGGAAGUCAGCCAAAGACUGAUCUUAAGGACCAAAAUUUAAAAAAAGUUUCCUAAAGCACCAAUACUAUAUUCCAAAAGAUCAGCAGGUUAAACAUGUCCAGUAAGGCACAGUGUGAAUUCAUUGAUCUUUUUUUUUUUCAUUUGUCCAGUGUCCAGACCAAAUGUGUGGGUUCAAUAAAGUUUACUACAAUAAAAAUAACAAUGGCCUACUGUAAGUGUAGGAGAAUCCAAUGUAUCAGCCCAUUUUAAUAUAUCACCCAUGAGAGCAAGUAAUGCAAGUUAUGCUGGCCGUACACAUAUGUAAGGCAAGCUGGUUGACUUCAUGUAUGUUGGUUUUCUGAUUGUCUGCCAUUGGCAAAAAGAAAGGGGCAUAGGGCAUGCUGGAUUUCAACUGACCGAUCCCUUUAUUCUCGGGAAUAUAAGCUGCCACCAGAGCUGUCUGGUGCCUGCUUUUACCCUCUCCCCGUUGAGAGUACAUACAUGCUAAGCCAACCUCAGCGUGCAUGUCUAUGUGGGAAUUGAAAGAGAUAGCUUUUGGCCCAAUGAGCAUUAGGCCAAAAGCUAUCUUGUGUUAAUGGGAAACAUAUCUGCUUAACGGUCAUGGGACAUGAAGCUUUAUUUUUGUGGUAUAUACUCAUCCCUUGUUUAAGGCCUGGUUCUGUGCUUUAUGAUGGCUGUUGCCAAUCAUGGUUUAUGAGGUGGACUAUAUACAGUAUUCAUGUUAGAGGUGGCAGGUAUAUUACCUGUGUAACAUGAUAUCAUACCAUAAUACAGUAUUUUUACACUACUAUUUAAUUUGUUUUUGUUUAUGUUGUUUGUCAUGUCUUCGGUUUGUUCUGUUGUCUGAAGAGUAUUGUACUGCAUUCUGAAUCGGGUCUAUAGAGGCCUCUAUUGAGGCUGUCGUUGUCAAUCGUAUUGGGAGCCAAAGGAUAAACUUAUGAAGCACAUGACCAGGACCUCUAACAAGUGAUUUCUUGCCAUGGUGCUCCCAGAUCCAUUGACAUUCUCUGUGUAUUAUUGUCUGUGUAUGACACUGGACGGUCUUUUCUAUUGGGGCUCUUGUAUGUUCAGUGUAGGAAGGAAAAAGAAAAUGUUGCAAAAAUGUUGGUAAUUUUCCACUAAUCAUAUCAUCUGUCAAUCAACACACGCUGAUCACCAAUGUGACGGCUGUUUAUUUCUGUGUACAAUAUGGGUUAGUAAUACCUCUCAUUACUUUAAUUCAGGGCACCCUGAGUGGCAUCAGAUACUACUUCCCUCCUCCUAACUUUGAGCUCUCCUUCUUUCCUCUUCUUUCUUUCCUUCUAUUUUGCUACAGUCUCCUCAGUGGCAAAAAGUUUCACUCUACCUCUGACAGCAUGUACAUUGCACCAGUAGCUAUCAGAACUGGUCUAGUCAAACCAAAUGGGCAUACAAAAAAACAGAUACCAAAAGCGAAGCUCAUACAGCUGCAAACCAUAUCACUUCUUGGUAACAAAGCAGACCUCAUUAUAUUAAAAAAGAAAAAAAAAAGAAAAAAAUUACUUUCCUUUUUUGCUUGUCACUUAUAUGCAGGCUACGUGAGAGUAUAAUUUGUAGGUAUAACAUGAAAAGUAAAAAAAAAUGUUCUCUUCAUUGGAAAUAACUCAAUGGUGGUCGCUGAUAGGCUUAGGGCACCCUCUCUCUAACUCUUGCUCCUCUACUUCUUCCUUCUGGUCUUUCUCUUUACCCUGUCACAUGACUUUUGGGACAGGGCCGCCUAUUGUCUUGUUUAUUUUCUUUCCUCCUUAUUCUGUUUUUAAGCUUUAAUUUGUGUAGGUGCAUGUCUUGGGGGAUAAAAAUACAAGGCUGGUUUACUAAUGCAAAGCAUGCCUAAGUCUGGAAUACUUAAAGUUGGGGUGGGGUGGGCUAAGGUGACUCCAUGUUGUCCGAAUUCUUCAGAGGACAGUAAAUCAAAUUGGAGACUGUUGAAAUGCAGAUUUGAAGUACUUUUUCUAAAUCAUUUUUUUUUUUCUGUUUUCUUUUUGGGUUCUGCAACGUUAUUGUGAAAAAAGUUGUUGUGCAAUACUUAAUUCAGACAUGUACCACAAGUUAAUGGUAGACUAACACUGGGUGAAUGGGGGGUGGGUAGACAUCAUGCUUUUGUCAGCAUAAUCUUGAGCUUUCAAGUCUACUAUGUCUGAACUGUGGGUUCUUGUUUAUUCUUUUCCUUUAGUUGGACUGUAAUGUAUGGUCUGUCAACCUGUGAAUCUUUAAAGUAUGAUUCAGGUAUUGUUGUAUUCUUUACUGUGUAAUAAAAACAUGAAAAAAGACGUA